AUGAUGGCCCGGGUGGCGUUCCGUGAGGGCCAUAGGGAUGCCAACCACUUCGUGUUGUGCGUGAAGGCCGGCCACGACGCGCGGCGAACCCCUCUGGUCAUCGACCUGCUCCCUUCUCAAGUGCAGCCCAUGAAUAUCGUCGCCCUCACCAAAGGCUCACCAGGUGCUGCAGCGCUAGUGUACCCAGAUGUUGAUGCAGAAGCACCAGCUGCUGAUGCAGAAGUACCUUAG